GUACUCUACUUAACAACUACAACUUUCAUGUCGCGUCAAAGGCAGUCCAGGUGACGGAAGGCGCAGCUGCGCCCACUUCGAGCAGGGUCAAUGUCGCAAGGAAAUCCCGCUUUCCCAGGUCGAAAUCUCUAUGCGUCCUCGAGUAAGCUACCCGAUCGCACGGCGCAAAAGCCUGGUACCACUGUAGCCUCGCAACAAUAUUCCCAGUCGACGUUCGGACGGCGUCCUGAGCAACAAUACCAAUUCGGACAGCCUGCGGCGCCGCAGCAACAGCAUGGCGCGUUGGGUGGGAGGCCGAGCAUGGAGAAGGAAUCGAAUGCGCUCGGCGAAUUGAGCGAGGAACAAAGAGAUGAAAUAAAUGAAGCAUUCUCAUUGUUCGACCUAGACCGAGAUCGGCAUCUGGACUACCAUGAAGUGCGCGUCGCAAUGAGGUCCUUGGGAUUUUCCGUGCCCAAACCUGAGGUCGCGCAGAUAAUGCAAUCGCAAGGAGUGCCCAAGCCACAGUUUAAGAGAGGGCCUCCCGUCAAAGGACAACAGACAUAUCAUUCCAGUCAGCUUCUUUUACCACAAAACGCGUUCCAGCGCAUAGCGGCGCAAAAGAUAUUCGAACGCGAUCCUACGGAAGAAGUCGAACGGGCUUUGCUGUUGUUCGAUCCGGACCAGCGAGGUUACAUUGAAGUCGACGACAUCCGCAGAGUCGCUCGAGAACUGGGCGAGACAGGUCUCGAGGAUGAAGAAAUACAAGCAAUGGUGGAAGAGUUUGAUUAUGACGGGACAGGGAGCGUUGCGAAAGAGGCCUUUUACGCCAUUUGUCUGCAAUGAGCGGUUCCGACUGACUGUGUUUGAUGAAAUGAUGAUAUCCCACGAUGAGAACGACUUGAUUGGAAUUGGCGGCGUCGGCCCCGGGAUCAUUGGAGACAUUCCAGCUGUCGUAAAUCUAAUCAAGCUAUUGGUUUUUCUGUCUCAGUCUUGACACAAAUAUCCAUGGAGCCAUCGGCAUUUGCGCCCCCAGAAGUUGUACCAAAACGCUUUCCCUCCAUAUCCGUCUCCAAUGACAUGAGAAUCAAUCGAUCUUGCCCAAGACACAACUCUUCGCCAUCCGACAUCGUCCGUUGAGAACACCAUGUGUAUAUAUCGGGCCCGUCAUGAUCAGCCGUUCAUCGCCUGACGCAUCCCUCUUUUCGUGAAGCAGCGACGAAUGCUUCGGACUUUCAAAGAAUCUCCUCCGACAUCCCGGGCAAUCGCCCCCAACAAACAUCUCCAGGCAGCUCGUCCUCUCGAACCGACGCACCAAAGGGUCACCGAUGUGCCUGGAGUGUCCAUCCAGUUUCGGGGGCCGAGAUUGCGUAUCGCUGCACCGGAACUAGAAGCAGACGAAUGCUGCAGGGUCGAUCUCGUCGAGCAAGGGAACAUAUAGUCUUUCAGGCGGCACAUCGGUGUGAUGGGAUCUGGUCACCGUAACCGAGGCUAUCAUGCAGUCCGGAUAUGCUCAGACCGUUGGGGAGGGCGCCUAUUGGACGUUCUAGGAAAUCGGGUGCCUACUUUGACCUGUGUAAAUUAAGGUGAGGCGGGGAUCGGGAGUACUGAAGGAGAUCACGAUGGAGUAGCACAAAGGGGGUGUACUUUACGGGGGACUUCUGCAAGGGUCACCGUAAUCUGGGUUCAGAAGUACAAAGUCGUAGAAUGCUGCGUGAUGGUGAAAUGAUUUUCUGGAUCUCCAUUGCUGCACAAAAAGGGCUAUAUACUCUCCGCUGGCCAACCUCCAAAAGCUGAGAUCCACUGAAGAAAUCCAAGUGCCCG